AUGACCUUUCAUUCUGUGACGGUUGCCAGACGUAGGAGGAAUCGCAUAGAUACGUUGAAAAACUCGGAGGGAGUUUGGAUUGGUGAUCAGCAGGUUUUAAUGGAAAUUGCUGUUUCUUUCUUUGAAAAUCUGUACACAAAAGAUCCAUUACCUAAACCGGCUUUUCCAGUUCGUGGCUUUUUUCCAGUUAUUGAAGCGCAUGCUUUAGACACGAUGAGUAUUAUGCCAAACAGUAAGGAGAUCAGAGAUGUAGUCUUCUCUUUUGGUCCAUACAAGUCGCCUGGGAAGGAUGGGCUUAAUGCUCUUUUCUUUCAAUCUCAGUGGAUAAGGUGCUUGAUAGCUGUUUGCACCACCGAAGGACAUUUGUUGCCACCUUUCCAUACUAAGUUUAAAUUGAAACAUUCAACCUCGUCAUCAUCUUGUAGUUGUUUCCGAAGCAUGCUUUGUACAAGACAUGUCUUACCUUUCAUACAAAGAACCUUAAUCCAACAACUGCAUGUUCCAUCUUUCUCUUCAAACUCAUCACUUUUUCAUAGCACUCUUAGCUGUGUCAGACAUCUACAAGAAGCCCUUCUACAAAUGGCCCUUUGUGGCUAUGACAUGAAGUUCGAAGGCUACAAUAUACUAUUGAAUGAGUGUGUGAGUAAAAGGGCAUUUAGAGAAGGCCAGAGAGUCCAUGCCCACAUGAUCAAAACUCGUUAUCUUCCUUCUGUGUACCUCAGGACAAGGUUGAUUGUCUUGUACACUAAAUGUGACUCUUUGGGAGAUGCUCGGUUCGUGCUUGAUGAAAUGCCUGAACGAAAUGUGGUGUCAUGGACGGCUAUGAUUUCGGCUUAUUCUCAGAGGGGGUAUGCCUCUCAAGCCUUGAAUCUUUUUGUAAAGAUGUUAAGAUCAGGUGCAGAACCUAAUGAAUUCACUUUUGCUACCGUUCUUCCUUCAUGUACAGGUUCUCUGGGUUUCUUCUUAGGGAGGCAAAUCCACUCUCUUAUCAUAAAAUCAAAUUACGAAGCCCAUGUUUAUGUUGGAAGUUCACUCCUUGACAUGUAUGCCAAAGAUGGUAAAAUUCAUGAAGCUCGAGGUGUAUUUGAAUGCUUGCCAGAAAGAGAUGUAGUUUCUUGUACUGCCAUAAUCUCUGGAUAUGCUCAACUGGGUUUGGAUGAAGAGGCAUUGAAGCUAUUUUGCCGGUUGCAAAAGGAAGGAAUGCAAUCAAAUUAUGUUACUUACACUAGUGUUUUAACUGCACUUUCUGGGCUUGCUUCUCUAGAUCAUGGCAAGCAAGUGCACAACCACGUUCUUCGCUCUGAAGUUUCCUCAUUUGUGGUUCUCCAAAACUCUUUGAUUGACAUGUACUCAAAAUGUGGCAACCUCACUUACUCAAGAAGGAUAUUUGAUACCAUGCAUGAGAGAACUGUUAUCUCUUGGAAUGCAAUGCUUGUUGGGUAUAGCAAACAUGGAGAGGGAAGACAAGUGCUCGAGCUUUUCACUAUGAUGAGAGAAGAAGACAAAGUCAAACCUGACAGUGUCACAAUGUUGGCUGUGUUAUCUGGCUGCAGUCAUGGAGGACUGGAAGACAAGGGACUGGAUAUUUUUUAUGAUAUGACCAGUGGGAAAAUUGGAGUUAAGCCAGAGAACGAGCACUAUGGGUGUGUUGUUGAUUUGCUUGGUCGUGCUGGUCGAGUAGAACAAGCUUUCGAGUUCAUGAAAAAGAUGCCUUUUGAACCAACAGCUGCUAUAUGGGGUUCCCUUUUAGGUGCUUGCAGGGUUCAUUCAAAUGUUGAUAUUGGCGAAUUUGUGGGUCGUCAGCUUCUAGAAAUUGAGCCUAGCAAUGCUGGAAAUUAUGUUAUUCUGUCUAAUUUAUAUGCUUCUGCAGGAAGAUGGGAAGAAGUAAGGUCACUAAGGGACUUGAUGUUGAAAAAAGCUGUAAUGAAAGAGCCAGGAAGAAGCUGGAUCGAGCUUGAUCAAGUACUUCAUACUUUCCAUGCAAGUGAUCGUUCCCAUCCAAGAAGAGAAGAGGUAUCUGCAAAAGUGAAGGAAUUAUCAAUCAGGUUUAAAGAAGCUGGUUAUGUUCCUGAUUUGAGUUGUGUUUUGCAUGAUGUGGAUGAGGAGCAGAAGGAGAAGAUACUUCUAGGCCAUAGUGAAAAGUUGGCUUUGUCUUUUGGGCUAAUUGCUACAGCUCAAAGCGUGCCAAUACGUGUUAUGAAAAAUCUCCGUAUUUGUGUUGAUUGUCAUAAUUUUGCUAAGUUUAUCUCCAAGAUUUUUAAAAGAGAAGUGUCUUUGAGGGAUAAAAACCGGUUUCAUCAAAUUGUUGGAGGAAAAUGUUCCUGUGGCGAUUACUGGUGACAAGAUCUUGAUAGAGAGCACUCAAUGAACGUCUAAAGUGCAUGAAAAAGGAGGCAAUUUAAUAGUAGUGUGCAAUUCCACCAAGAAAUGGGUAAAUGAAGCAAGACUAGUGAACAAGGAAAAAGGUCAAGGUUUUAGGAAAACUGAGGAAUUUCUGUAAGCAAUAAGCAUCGAGUUGAUUUAAGAUUGGUGUUUAACUUGACCACGGGGAUUCUAUCAAAGUCAGCCACAUGAACAUGUUCAAACACUUCAA